GAGUACCUGACUAUGGAAGAAAUGCGUCCAGAGCCGCGUACCGAUAAAAUCGACACACAUCACCAUUUCGUCCCCGACUUUUAUGCUCAAGCUGUUGAAAGUGCUGGAGGCGACCCAAGUGGAUGGCCAACGCCAAAAUGGUCACCUGCAGCUUCCGAGUCCAUCAUGGAGCAACUGGGUGUGAAGACCACCAUUUUAUCGUUGACAGCACCGGGAGCUUGUAUACUUGAGGGACAGAAGUCUUUUGAUCUUGCGAGAAGAUGCAAUGAGUACUGUAGCGAGCUCCGCGAUAAAAGCCCGAGGAAGUGGGGGUUCUUUGCAGCCCUUCCGUCUCUGCUUAAUACUGAGGCUGCUCUUGCUGAAAUUGCCUAUGCCUUGGAUGUUCUUCAUGCGGACGGUGUGACACUUUUCACACGCUAUGGAACCGGAAAUACCUAUCUCGGUCAUGCGGAUAUCGAGCCCAUCUGGAAAGAACUUGACAGGCGUCAAGCAGUCGUCUUUGUUCACCCUACACACCCAGUCGACACGACGAAAGUCAACGAGAGCAUGCCUCAACCACUGAUCGAUUACCCUCACGAAACUACAAGGACUGCUACAGACAUGAUCAUCGCCGGCACUCGAAGGAAGUACCCUGGUUGCAAGGUCAUCCUGAGUCACGCUGGCGGAGCCUUGCCAUAUCUCAUCGAGAGAAUCUCCAACGGUUCCAAACACGGGCAACAAGCUAUGGCCGACUUCAAAUCGUUCUACUAUGACUUAGCCUUGUCUUCUUCGCCAUCUGUGCUCCAAUUGCUGCUUACGAUGGUUCCUCACGAUCAGAUACUAUAUGGGAGCGAUUUCCCCUAUGCACCACCACCGUCUAUCAAAGCAUUCGCAGAGAAGCUCGAGAACUUCGAGAUGGAUUCGAAAUUGAGGUCCAAGAUCAACUAUGGCAACGCACUGGCACUUCUUCCACGUCUUGCUGAGAAGGCCAACUUCUGAGGGAUGAGAUAGUCGAUAGUCGCCUGUUCGUAUGUCGUAUAGUCCUUUAAGCCCAGCAAUUUUAUGUCAACCACGGAUAAUAUUGUGUCACCAUCUCGAUGCUAAUAAUAAUUCUGCAAUUUGGUAUCUAGAUACCGGCCAGGAGUGUUGCUGGGAGACGCAUGCGCGAUGAAACACUCUCCAUCCGCUUACAUCAACUCGUGUACUUCUUAGCUUCCUAGCCGUACUUGCAAACAAAUGUAGCCAAGUUUCGAAAGAUAACUUACCAGGAAAAGGCACAAGAUCUGAG